AUGGAGUCCGAUCCGCGCAUGGACCUGCAGUUGAUCCGCGAAGGUGAGAUGGAGCGCGAACGGCUGCAGAAGGAAGGGUUUAACAUGAAGCUUCGGAUCAACUUCCUCGAAGAGCAGCUUCUCAAGUACAAAGAAGGCACGGCGUUCGAGGACGAAGACUUUGAGUCGGAGAACGUGCACCUGCGAACGGUCAUCGAAGAGAAAGUCCAAGAACUUGAACGACGCAAUGCACUGCUUGUGCGUGCUCGAGAUGCUAUCGAAGACCUCCGAACCGAUCUCGAGACGGCCAAGGAAAACAACCGUCUGAGUGCGUCCAUGAACCAAAGUCAACUGGAAGAAACCGUGCAUGAAACCCAACGCUUGGAGCAGGAAGUCGCCCGCUUAGAAGACGAAGUCGCGCGACUUCGAAUGCACUUGAACGAAGCGAAUCGCAAGUAUGAAGACUUGCUCCGCGCGCACGACCAGUUGAGCUUGGAACUGAACGAGCGCAGCCAGGUAUUCCAGCAAGCUGACGCUGUGCAAGCCCAUGCGCAACAAACCGCGCAAUGGGAGAAGCAGAAGCUCAAGAACGAGCUGUCGAUGGAGUUUGACGCCAAGCUCAACGACGAGCGAGCCCAGUUCCAAGAAGAACUGGUGCAUCGCACUCGGACACACGAGGCGGCGCUCAAGGAGAAAGACGCCGCCGUGAUCCACCUUACGCGAACUGUGGGCGAUCUCAACGCGGCUGUGCAAACGCUGACGUCUCAGCUGACCGAAGCCGAACUACGCGGCGAAAUUUCCACCAAACAGUACGACGCGCUGAAGAACCAAACCGACAAAACACAGCAACAACUGAUCGACGCGACCAAGGACGCUGGGGAAGCCAUCUCGCUGCGCAACCGAUGCGACUGGAACGAAGCGCAGCUGCAACUGGCACAGGAUCGCUGUCGGGACCUGGAAGGCCAGGUAGAACGAGCCAAAGCCGUGGAGAGUUUGCUCCGUCAACAAGUGGCGCGCUCCGCGGCCCUGCAUGAACAAGCCGACCAGAACUUGGCGUAUCAAACGGAUUCCGCCUUGCGAGACGUCACGUCCAAGCUCGACGUGGCCAUGCUGACCAACGACUCGCUGCGCCGCGACCUGGCCAACGCGAACGCCCAGGUCAAAGUCCUGGAGAAGAACGUAGCGGUGUCCGACAUGUCUGUUGGGGAUUGGAAACGAAAGUGCGCGAACUUGGAGGCCCAGUUGCGUCAGAGUGCAGUGUCUGCGGACAAGGCUUUGACCACGGAAGAUCGCGUGCAACAGUUGGAACUGGACAUUUCGAAGCUCCACGAGUCCGAACACGAAUUGAGAAACGCGCUGGUGGUGAUGCAAGCGGAAAAGGCCAAUAUCGACGGCUUGCUGCAGGACUCGGACAAGAAACUGACGAUUUUGCAGGCCACGUAUGAACGUGCCGAGACAGCUCACGCCGACACCGUCGCAAAGUGGCAGCACCAGCAACAAGCGUUGCAUCGCACGAUUGAAACGCUGGAAAACGAACGGAAUGCCUUGCGCGGACAAGAAAAUACCACGUUGCGUUCCCUAUCCCAACAACUCAGAGACAUGACCGACCUGAAAGGAAAAUGCGAACACGACGUUCAAACGCUCGAGCUGCAAUGGAACGAACAGGCGGUGAAAUUCCACCAAAGCCUGGAUACGUUGCAGCAACGCCUGUUGUUGGCACACGACACGAUCAAAUCCAUGUCCAAGGUCGCGCAGGACGAUGCCCAACAGAAGAUGGCGACCCAAGCUCGACAAUCAGAACUCCACCAAGCCCAGCGCCUGGAUUGGGAGCGCGAGCUGGCCCAAGUCCAAAGCAAAUGCCGCGACGAAACUCGGAAAGCUGAAUUGGUUCAGGUGCAACACACCCAGGCAUUGAGUAAGCUUGCGCGAGUGGAAUCUGAAUACCAGCACACCCUGACCGACUUUAUCAAAGCCAAGGAAGAGCACGACUCGCUCAAGAGCGAGUGCGACCGACGAGGUGAACACAUUCGCCUGCUCCUUGACGAAGUGCAGCAAUCCCGACAGCUCAAGACCGCGCUAGAGGCCGAGAUCCGGGCGGCGAUGGGCGAGCAAAAGCCGCUCGUGGCGAAAAUCCGCCAACUCCAAGGCAAACUCAAUGACCUCGAGAGUGCAAACAACCAAGCCUCGAACGACGUACACGUUGCACGAUUUGGGGCGUCGCAGAACAGCGCCGCGCCCGAUUCCCACCUUGUGGACCGACUGGACAGCCUCAUCAAAAAGUCGGUGGAGCUGCAGGAACACACAAAGCGCUUUCAAGAAAAACACGGCGGCGUCGUCUGGAACGACGUCAUGUGCGGCGGGAAGGCCAUGCCGACGGCCAUGGAGGUGGAAUGCAAACGGCUUCUUCACGCAAACGGCAUCUUGAGUCAAAAAGUGGCGCAGAUUGCAGCAGACAUGAAGCAAUCGAAAUUGUCAUCGAGACGCUCCGACACUAAACGUGAGCAGCAGCAUCACCAUCGUCAACAUCAACAACAGCAGCAGAUGCAGCCGUCGGUUCUCAAUCGGUCCGAGCUGGACGCCCUCGUACAAACUCUAAAUGACUCGAAACAAACGACGACCAUGUUGCAUCCGUCGCCCAAGUUUACUCCCGCCACAACGCGAUUGGUGGACGCUUAUCAGUCGUCCAAUCGAGUACUCGAGCGACUCAACAAAGAACUCGCCAAAGUGCACAGCUCCAUUGCCGACUACUCACGACAGCCCCACGCAUCGCUGGAAGAAGCGCCAGCGUGGAUGGGACUCCCUUCGGAUGCGAUGAUUCCUGCCAUCUUCGCUUGCUUCUGCGGUGCCGUGGUUGCAUUCUCGCUGAAACGUAAGCGAGUGCGCAAGUUGAACUGGAAGCGGCGGAUCAAUGUCAAGAAGAUAUCGCCUACGUCCGACUUGGGGCACUCGUUUGGGAUUGAUAUUGGAGGAACGUUGUCCAAGAUUGUGUACUUUGAGCAAACGCAGGAGAACACCCGUCGACCUCGAGCCAUGUCCCACGUCCUUGCCGCGGACGAGAUGGCUCGCUUUGUCAAGGAGCGCGAUUUCUACGGCAGUUCUGGCGUGCGCGACACAAGGCUGAGCGUCACGUCCGAUACCUUGGGCGGGACGUUGCACUUCAUCCAUUUCGAAACGCGAAAGAUGGAAGGAGCGAUUGCGACAGUCUCGGGCCAUGGAUUGAACCAGUCCCUACGCGUCUUGUCGUGUACGGGUGGCGGCGCGCACAAGUACGCGGACCUGUUCCAGUCAUUGGCUGGCAUUCAGAUCAGGAAAGAAGACGAAAUCAAGUGCCUCGUCAAGGGCCUCAACUUUCUCCUCAAUCUGUUUCCGUACGAAGUCUAUACGUUUGUGAACGUGGACUUUAGAUCUUUGUCCGCCACGCGGGUGAGUUUGGUGCGGGAAAACAAAGACGAAGAUAUUUUCCCCUACAUCUUGGUCAGCAUUGGCUCUGGUGUAAGUGUGCUGCACGUGACUGGUCCUGAUAAUUUCACUCGUGUCAGUGGCAGCAGUAUUGGCGGAGGGACGUACUGGGGCCUCUGUCGUUUGCUUUUUGAGUGCCAAACUUACGACGAAGCGCUGGACUUGUGUGUGAACGGCCGCAAUGCUUCCGUGGACAUGAGUGUCGGCGACAUUUACGGCGGCGCGUACGAAAAGUUCAACCUCCCUGCGACCACCGUCGCUAGUAGUUUUGGCAAGAUGAUCACUGUGAGCCGGUCGGACGUGUCAGAUGCGGACAUUGCACGCGCGCUUCUCAUCAUGACGACGCAAAACAUUGGGCUGAUUGCGUACUUGAACGCGUGCAUUUACGACACAAAGCGCAUCUUCUUUGUGGGCAACUUCCUCCGCCACAACAAAAUCUCGUGCCGGACGCUGGCUUACGCGAUCGAUUUUUGGUCCAAAGGGCAGAUGAAGGCGCACUUCUGCCGACACGAGGGGUACCUGGGGGCCCUCGGCGCGUUUUUGUCCAACACGUCGAGCAGCAGUCCCAUGGCAGAGUCAUGA